AUGACCCAGACGCAGCGGCGUGCCUUAGCCGGUGUCUUCCACGGCAUGGAGCAUUCAGGUCCUAGCAUCAGCCAGGCUCUUCGAGCACCCCGACUGCAAGAAGAGCUGCAGAAAGUUCAGCAAGCUCUCAAUCUGGAUCGAGAUGAUUUGCGUCAGCUGGAUCCAAGAUGGGUUGCAAGCAGCCUUGAAACCAAGGAAGCCGAGUCGCAGCGCUCCCUGGCUGCCACGGCCAUUUUCCUGGGCACUGCACAGGCAUGCCUGAAGGGUUGCUACAUCUCCGAGUCUGCUCAGAAGGUGGAGUGCGGACAUUUGGUUAGACCAAUUUCGUGCGUGCAUCCUCCCACUAGCAUGCCAUCGCUGAGCACAAUGAAGGCCUCAGGCCAGAAGCAGCAUCUUUUCUGCGAACGCUGUGACCCGUUGGACGUGGCUCUGCAACUCGCAAGAUUGCCGCAGUGCCGGCGUGUGGCGGUGCUCAGGUGCACACCACUCGAAGCCCCGCGAAGCCGACAACGCACUUACAACCACAUCUACGAGGACCAAAUCUUCCUCCGAACGACCUAUUUCGAAGCCUUCGAGCGUUUGGCGAGAGACCUCUCCAUUCCGCCUGAUGAAGCUAUCAAACAGGGCAGCGUCGUGUACACUUCUGGGGUGGGCAUCUUGCGUGGCCCGCUGAAGCAUGGAGCGCCAUGGGUUGACCGACCUCCGCAAGUGGACAUCGCUUGGUUCGGCCUACCUGCCCACCCGCAGAUUGGGGAGCAGGAGAUUUAUGCUCAACAAGCGGACCGCGAUGCGGUGAUCGCAGCUCUGGAUCGGGCGUUCGCAUGGGCUUCUUCCCAUGGUGCUGAUGCAGUCGUACUGCCGCCCAUGUGCGGCAUCGCUGGUUUCCGACAUCCGAGGCUUCACUUUGGCGGGCUCGUGCAUGAGGUUGCUCGGCUUCAUGAGCGCCACAUCCCCGUCGUCUGUGUGGCCUCGGAGAAUCCGGUGCACCAGAAGGCAGAGUGGUGGGAACCUUUUGAAGAUGCAGUCGGCCACUUGGCAAGGAGGUGGCUUAUGCUUGCGGUGUGUCUCUUGGUGCAGGUGAUACAAGGACGCCCUAUUCCACCGGUCAGCCCUGCAUGCUAUUUUUGCUGUUUCGCAGCAGUGGACAAGAAGUGCUGA